AAAUGACAAUGCAAGUAGCCAUUAUUCAAGUCAACAUUACAGACUUCUGAACAAAUCAUAUCAAAUAUACCAAACAAUCCAAGAAAAUCGGCCCACUAGACUUGUAAGUAAAAGCAAGCUUUUACAAGUCUCUUAAAUCGUCCGCAUCAUUUGACUUAUGCAUUGAGCUCACAACCUCAGUUUCACUAUCAAUAAUUGAAGAAAUAAUUCGGGAACUAGGAGAUAAGAUUCCAAAUCUCAGGACAGGAUCCCAUAUUCUAGCAUUUCACAUUGCCAUAAGAGAUAAGUGCUAGGGAAGGACACAAGGGAAAAAUAGAAAAAUGGGUUCCAUGGGAGUAGUGGGUGAAGAGGUUCAGCCAAGAAGUUACUGGAGAUGGAGCAAACAAGAUUUCCUACCAGAAGAAUCCUUUCAAAGUUGGAGCGCAUAUCGGACCGCCCUGUCACAAACAGGCUACAGGUUCAAGAACCGUCUCAUAAGCAGAUCAGAUGAUAACAAUGAGAUUGGGGAACUUCCAAAGCGAAGUGAAAAUGACAUGAAGCGUUGCCUCACAUGGUGGGGUCUCAUCUGGUUUGGAUUUGGUUCAGUAAUUGGUGCAGGCAUCUUUGUGCUUACUGGGCAAGAAACUCAUGACCAUGCUGGACCAGCUAUUGUCUUGUCCUAUGUUGCUUCCGGUGUCUCGGCAAUGCUCUCUGUCCUCUGCUACACAGAAUUUUCAGUGGAAGUCCCUGUGGCAGGUGGAGCUUUUGCUUACCUGCGGAUAGAAUUAGGAGACUUUAUAGCAUUCAUAACAGCAGGAAACAUACUUCUUGAGGGCUUUGUCGGAAGUGCAGCAGUUGCUAGAUCAUGGACUUCUUACUUCACAUCACUCUUGAAUCGUCCCUCCAACUCAUUACGCAUCCAUACAAAUCUGACGGAGGGGUUCAAUCUACUUGACCCAAUAGCUGUUGCUGUUCUGACAAUAGCUGCAACAAUUGCAAUGAUCAGCACAAAGAAGACCUCUUACUUAAACUGGAUCGCAUCUGUUGUCAAUAAUGUUUUAAUUCUGUUUGUGAUAAUUGCAGCAUUUAUCCAUGCCAACCCAUCAAAUAUGAAACCCUUUUUUCCGUUUGGGGCUAAAGGAGUCUUUCAAGCAUCUGCAAUUGUUUACUUUGCUUAUGGAGGAUUUGACAAUAUCGCCACCAUGGCUGAAGAAACCAAAAAUCCAUCCAGAGACAUACCGAUAGGAUUAAUUGGAUCAAUGUCAAUCAUCACUGUCGUAUAUUGUUUAAUGGCAGUUUCACUGCCUAUGAUGCAGAAAUACACAGAUAUAGACAGAAAUGCAGCCUACUCUGUAGCAUUUCAAAGUGUGGGCAUGACAUGGGCCAAGUACCUGGUAGCCCUAGGUGCCCUGAAGGGAAUGACCACUGUUCUUCUGGUUGGGACACUUGGAGAGGCACGGUAUAUCACUCAUAUUGCACGAGCCCACAUGAUUCCACCAUGGUUUGCUCUUGUCCAUCCAAAGACAGGAACCCCCAUAAAUGCUACAGUCUUGAUUGUCAUUCCAAGUGCUUGUAUUGCUUUGUUUUCGAGCUUGGAUGUUUUGGCAGGUCUGUUAUCAGUGAGCACACUCUUUAUCUUCAUGAUGAUGGCUGUCGCACUUCUAGUGAGGAGGUACUACGUGAGAGAAAUCACCCCACAACAACAUCUUUUGAAGCUAGUCAUUUUCUUGCUGAUCAUCAUUGCUUCUUCCAUGGGGACUUCGGCUUACUGGGGACUAAAUCCCAAUGGUUGGGUUGGUUAUGUUGUGACAGUUCCUCUUUGGUUCUUUGGGACUUUGGCAAUGGCAGUAUUUUUACCCCAACAGAGGUCACCAAAAGUUUGGGGGGUUCCGCUGGUUCCUUGGUUGCCAUCCUUGUCAAUUGCAACAAACAUUUUUCUUAUGGGAUCUCUGGGUUCUAAAGCUUUUGAAAGAUUUGGAAUCUGCACCGUAGUAAUGCUUAUUUACUAUGUCUUCUUUGGUCUGCAUGCAACUUAUGAUAUGGCCCAUAAGCAAGACCAGCCAGAAUCCCUGAAAGACAAUGACAGCAACAUCAGAGAGAAGGCAGAGCCUUGAAAUCACAGUACCGUCUGAACGUUCUUCGUAGGAAUGCUUCUUCAGUUUCAUUUUAUAUUAUGAUGCAACUAGUUUUGAGAACAAAUUAUUCUUAAUGUAACAAUAAACAAAACUGUACUACUUGCAGCAGUGUGAUUAUUACACAAAUAUCAGAUGUCAAAGUAAUCUUUGGUUUUGGAUACAUAAUAGAAUGCACGCUGGACAUAUGAAAAAUAAAAA